AUGAGUCGCUUUGCCUACAAUGCCGCUCCGCUUCAAGAGUCCAGUUCCGACAUGCCUCUCGGCCCGUCUUCUAGUCCAGCUCUCAGGGCAAGUCAGCGACGUGCCGAGCAAGUCACUGAUUUCGGACCUCAACACGGCUCACAGGCCCCACCGUUCGAAGGCGACGGCCAUGUUGUUGCUGAAGAGUACCGACAACAACAUGAGCGCUCCCAUGGAAAGGCUGCACUGCCCAGUCUUCGACCACCUGCUAGCCAGCAACGCGUACCCGCCGCACAGCACAGAGGCGACCUCAAUCCUCCGCAUCAUCGACAAGCUCCCCCAGAGCCGCAGACUUAUCCAGAAGAUGUGCCUAGCGCUGCUCCCAUGUGCCAAGGUAUCCGCCUGGUCCCUGUCACUACCCUACCAGAUCGUCUUCGAACGGUGUUUCCUUACCCGAACUUCAACGCCGUACAGUCCAAGUGUUUUGACCGAGUCUUCAGGACCGAUGACAAUUUCGUACUUGCAUCCCCUACUGGCAGUGGGAAGACCGUCAUUCUCGAGCUCGCUGUCUGUCGAGCUGUUGCCACCAACGCGACCGGCCAGUACAAAGUGGUCUAUCAAGCACCGACAAAGGCUUUGUGUGCAGAACGCCAACGUGACUGGGAAGCCAAGUUCAACAGGUUGGGUCUCAAAUGCGCCGAGCUGACCGGCGACAGCGACCUUGGGGAUCUACGCAACGUACAGAGCGCCAACAUCAUCAUAACAACACCCGAGAAGUGGGACAGCAUGACCAGGAAGUGGAAAGACCAUGAGAAACUGAUGAGACUCAUCCGCGUCUUUCUUAUCGAUGAGGUGCACAUACUCAAGGAAGAUCGUGGUGCCACGCUUGAGACGGUCGUUUCGCGGAUGAAAUCUAUCGGCACGAAUGUGCGCUUUGUGGCUUUAUCAGCGACAGUGCCCAACUUCCAUGACAUUGCGGCAUGGUUAGGGAAGAACUCGUCGGAACCAGACAUCCCAGCCGCCAAUGAGAAGUUUGGUGAAGAGUUCCGCCCAGUCAAGCUGCGCAAGCACGUUCGAGGCUUUGCAUACAACUCCAGCAACGAGUUCGGCUUUGAAAAGGUGCUUGAUGCCAAGAUCCCUGAGGUUAUCGUUUCUCACUCACAGCGUAAGCCGCUCAUGGUCUUUUGCGCAACCCGAAACUCCACAGUCAGCACGGCAAAGCUGAUAGCAAGCUGGUGGGUCUCGGCAUCAGACCGAGAUCGCAUGUGGAAGCCUCCGUCUAAGCCACCCCUGCUGCUUAACAAGGAGCUUCGAGAUACCGUGUUUUCCGGUGUAGCCUUUCAUCACGCCGGACUUGAUCUCGAUGAUCGAACCAAGAUCGAAAAAGGUUUCAUCGCUGGCGAGAUCAGUGUCAUCUGCUGCACAUCCACGCUCGCAGUCGGAGUCAACCUACCCUGCCAUCUCGUCAUCAUCAAGAAUACCAUGGCCUGGGGUGCGGAAGGAAUGCAAGAGUACUCGGACCUGGAAAUGAUGCAGAUGCUGGGUCGCGCAGGACGACCUCAGUACGAUGACUCAGCUGUAGCAGUCAUUAUGACUAGGCAGGCGAAAGUCCGACGGUACGAAAUGUUGGUCACGGGCCAGGAUCUUAUAGAGAGCAAACUCCAUCUCAAUCUGGUAGAUCACAUGAACGCCGAGAUUGGACUUGGAACUAUUAGCGACCUAGAGUCAGCUAGGAAAUGGCUAAGAGGUACAUUCCUUUACGUCCGACUCCAGCAGAAUCCCAGUUACUACAAAUUGGACGGCGCUCGAAGUGGCCAAAGCAUCGAGGAGCAAGUUGACGACAUAUGCUUCCGCGACAUCACACUCUUGCGCGAGACCAAUCUUGUGUCAGGGCAAGAGUACUUCCGAUGUACCGAGUUUGGCCAUGCUAUGGCACGGUACUACGUACAUUUCGAAACGAUGAAAGUCUUCAUGGAACUCGGGCUGAAGUCAACUCCCUCGGAGAUUGUAAGUCACACAACCUUGAAGCUACUUGCAGGACGUCACUGA